AUGAGUGCGUUUGGACGACUCUGCAAAGCGGAGUUCCACCCUCUCGUAGCUACGGUGAGCGUCGUGGGUGUCUGCCUCGUCUUUAAGGGAGUCACGCUGUUGUUUUCCCACCGCCUGCGGGCUCGUCUGUUGGUUGGUCUUAACAGCCUUGAAAAGGACAUGGUACACCUUUUUGUGCAUCACCGCUGGUCGCAUGGACCCAACCUCUUCCCGCAGUGUGUGAAGGUGGAGACAUUUUUGCGCCUCGCCAAAAUCGCCUACACCGUGCACUUCACCUCCGACGCCUCCCUCUCACCGACGAGCCGGCUGCCGUUUAUUGUCUACAACGGCGUCAUCGUCGGCGACGCGGAGCUUUGCAUUAAGUUCCUGAAGGAGACCUUCAAGGUGACCAUGGACGACGGUCUCACACCUGAGGAUCACGCCAUUGGCCACAUCACACGGCGCAUGGUGGAAACCUCACUCAACUACGGCCUGCAGCGCAGUAUUCUGGUGGACCGACCUGAAGUCAUGCAGCAAAUGUUUGUGAAGGAGUACCUAGUAGAUCCCAGGCCGGCACGGCGGCUCGUGAACACUAUGCGGAGGCAAGUUGCCAAGAUACUAAAUGCCGUGGGCUACAACACGCUUUCAAAGGAGCAGUACCCUCAGGAGUUUCUGUGCGAAGUACAAAGCCUUGAAACCCUGCUUAGCACGAAACCGUUUCUGUUGGGUAACAGCCCCACCACUUAUGACUGCACAGUGUAUGGUUGGCUGCACGUGGCGCGGGAGAUGGGGCCACAUGGCCUGGCAAUAAGGUAUCUUGUAAAGAGCAAAGUCCUCAAUGACUACAUUAUGCGCAUGAUGAAGCUAGCGUUUCCGGACAUCCGUGAACUCGGAACGUCCGCUGAGUCGCAAAAAUUUACUCCCUACGAGCAGCGUUGA